UCAGUGCGGUAGAAAAAUCUUGAUACGACUUCACGCGAUUGCAUUUCAAUAUGGCGAACCGCGACAAAGGACGCAGAAAGUGGGGAGGAUUUUCACAAGAAUUAACAAAUUCUAAAUUGGAGAAAGAUAAAUUGACGGGAAUGCGUGGUGGAGGGAAUAGAGCAUCUCAGGCCUUAUACAGACCAGGGAGUGGCCCUUUACGCAAGUCAGGCAGAUCCAGCAAUGCUGCCGAUGAAUAUGACAAUGAAAAUGGCUCGCAAGAAAAAUCUAGAUCAACUUCUGUCCAGUAUCGUUUGAGACAGUCGCAACUCAAUAGAUCUAAUCAAGCACAGGAUAGUCCACCUCUGUCACAAAUCGAUAAUGUAACUGAAAAAUUAGGCAAUACGCAUAUUGACUAUAGAAAUAGCAAUAAUGAACCAGUACAAAGUACUGGACACAAUAUCAGUGCAGGAGCAGGAGGAAAUGAUUCAAAAAAGAAAAAUAGGAAACCUGAACAAUUGCUGUAUGUACCAAAAAAAGUGAAAGAAGCACUGGCUGAACAGGAUGGAAUUAAUAGAUCUCCCAGUCAUACUGCAUGGGAACGAGAGAGAGAAGAGAGUGAUGAUCGUGAUUCCCAUUCCAAUCGUAGUCACAGAAGUGAUCGUAAUCGCGCGAGCAAUCACAGUGUUCGAGACAAUGGUAAUGAAGGCAGGGGCAAAGAUGACAACAGCAAACGGUAUUCGGGCAACCGACGACAUCGUCAUGUCAAUGAAAACGAAGAACGUUGGCGAACCGAUUCGCCGAUAUCUGCUAGAAACUAUGCGAAUCGGAAGGAUAAUCUACGCGAAAUUAGACAGGGUUCUGAACCUCUGUCUAUGACAAAUCAGAAUGAUUUUAAUCGUACGAGAGAUACGCGUAGCGUGGAACCCAUUGGACAUUCAGAUAAAUUUCAAGGCAAACCACCCUCUGGCAGACGCAAUAAUGCGAAAGAUAGUUUGUCGAAAAAUAAGUUGGAGCUAAUGCCACCACGGUUCCAAAAGAAGUAUCUCAUUGAUAACGGAUAUGUAUUACCUAGCAACAAUCCGGGAACGUCCACAGAGGAUUCCUGGAAUGGUAGCAGUGUUACAUUUCAGCAGGCUUCAUCCAGUUAUAAUUAUCCAUCAACAAUGCAACAUUCGCAAACGAUGCAAAACUUGCCACCAUCUGGGCCACCAUUACCACCACAAUCUAAUUGGGCUAAUACUGUACCAGUGAGAAGCAGAGGAAGAGGUAGACUUAGACCAGAGGAAUUGGAAGGUACAGCAAGUAGCAUCUUCAGACCUGUCACUCCUGAACAAUAUUCGGCGCCGAGUUCCAGAUCCCAUACUCCUAGUCAGGAAUACAUGAAUCGGUCUUACGAUCGCCGUGGUAGUAACAGCACUAUGUAUACCAGUAUGGAGAGCUUAAGCCGCGCUGACAGUGCAAUGAUGCCACCACCAUCAUCUGCAUCGCCGGCAACUUCGCAAUCCAAUUCAAAUAGGGGUUAUAAAUCACCUGAAAAUCAUCGCAGAGGUGCAACAUCACCAAUCAACAAUCGCACUAACAACAUGCAAAGAACAACCAGUAACACGCAUGAGCAUAAUUCGAGCUUGGACAAACAGAGCAAUCAACAAAACACGAAUCUUAGCUCCAUGAAAAGCGAAUCAUUUAAUCCAUCAUCUAUUACUGCAUCUGAAACAUUUGACUGGAGCGAAGAAGUUGAAUUGAAUGAAAAGUUGGAACAGGAAUAUUUGAGUCGUAGUUCGUCUGUCUUAAGUAUACGCGAGAGCGUAAGUAUGCCACGAAGUCAGGCCGUAGGCGAGAGUUACAAGCGACGUAAAAAAAAAAAACGCGAUAAACAUCGUGAUACUGACCGUGGUAGUAGCAGAGAUAAAGGGCGAGGCAACAGCCGCGAACGUCAGAAGAAUCAACAGAACAGAGAGAAUGAUAAUUACAAUAUCAAUCAAAAGAAUAACAAUAAUAAUAAUAACAGUAAUAGGCGAUACGAUCACAGAAGGCGUAGUAUUAUUCAGCGUAGUCGAGAAUCGAGUAAAGACAGAAAUUAUGGUAACAGUUACAGAAGCUUUGAUGAUCUUCAUAGACGCAGAACUGAUAGAUAUUUGGAUGAGGAUUGGAGAACAGGCAGAAAGAUAUCGACUUGCGAAUCUGAUGAGGGCAGACAAACUCCUAAAGUUUCUUCUCAUACUAUUCCUCUUCCGAGUGUGAAUUCUAACUCGACAGCACAUCAUUCGUCUCCGACAGGACACAACAAUGCUCAACCGGGUGUCUUAAUUUUGCCUAACGAUGUUAAUCAGUCGUCUCCCAAUCAGACGACUGCAUCUUCUCAACAAGGUACUGGGCAACAGCAGCAGCAACAACAAAGAACUUUAUUCGAUCCGAAUAAUCCGCAUAAACCUAUUGUUAUUACUUCACCUGGAAAUAGAGCAGCUGUACAAAGGGAUAAUGACAUGCAAAUUUCGAGUGUUCCAGUAUUUCAAUCUAAUGUAGGUGUCACACCAUCUCAUUAUUCUUUUCAAAGCACUCAAUUGGAUGGUAUGCCAUCACCAUACAUGAAUGAUCAAAUCGGAAAUAUGAGACCUUCGUGGUACGAACCAUUUUCAGCCAGUUUUCAUUCAGCGAAAAAUCACUGCCUUCUCUUGGAUAUAGAACGUGCCGAUCUAGAAUUACAAUGGAUAAUAAGUUCAGGUGGCUUUACGUCGCGUUUGGAUAGAGUUGCGUACAUACGACAUUUUCUUCAACAGAGUUUGAAGAUUUUGCUCGAAACCGAUAUCAAAUUCUGUCAGGCAGAAAACGUUGAACAACAUUUUUGGAAAAUAUUGUUUUAUAAUUUGAUCGAGAUGCUUCGAAAAGCACCCAAAGAGAACGUGGAAGGACGAGAACGUUACAAACAGAUAAUGUUAAAUAUUAUUGAUGAGGGUACUACUUAUCUGGAAAGUUUACUAACUGCUCUCGAGACUACAUACGAGUUUAAAUUGGACACGUUUCUUGCAUCGUCGAGUUUACCCAAGGGUCUCGGACUCUUAGGACUAGCCUUAGUCAGCGCCCAAAAGAUAUUUUUAUUCUUGGGAGAUUUGGCGAGAUACAAAGAACAAGCAAACGAAACAAGCAAUUAUGGGAAAUCUAGACAAUGGUAUCUAAAAGCGCAGCAAAUCAAUCCUAAAAAUGGCAGACCUUACAAUCAGCUUGCCUUAUUAGCACAUUACGCAAGACGGAAAUUGGAUGCUGUGUAUUACUACAUGCGAUCUCUUAUGGCGUCGAAUCCUUUUCAUUCUGCCAGAGAGAGCUUGAUAGCGCUCUUUGACGAAAACAGGAAAAAGUAUCUACAUUAUUACGAGUCUAUUGAACGUAAGCGGAAGGAAGAGAGAGAAUCAAAGGAGCGGGCAAGGAUGAAGGAAAAAGAAGGCGCGAAUAUUAUUGGCGGUGGAUUGAGGAGAGAGACGUGGAUUCAUCCGGGUGAUGGUAGACGAGUGCGACGUACAACCAGCACGUCCACUGCCAACGAGACGAGAUUGUCCCAUACAAGCGAUUUGGAGGAGUUAUCGCAAUUAACAAGUGUCGAGGUGAACAAACGAUUCGUCACUUCAUACCUUCAUGUUCACGGAAAACUCAUCACCAAGAUAGGGAUGGAAACUUUUCAAGAAGCCGGUGUUCAAAUGUUGAAGGAAUUUAGAGCCUUAUUGCAGCACUCGCCAUUACCACUUUCUGGUACUCGUCUACUUCAGCUUUUGGCGCUUAAUAUGUUCGCUAUCGAGACCACGCAGCUGAAAGAUUCCCAGAUGGAGCAAGGUUAUAGAUCAGAGGUCCAAGAACGGGCGCUCGUAGUAUCACUACAAAUGUUCAGUCUGAUCUUGGAACGUGGUGUUUCCCUGCUAAAAGCUCAGUUAGACAGCGGACAGGAGCCGAGGCUUGUGGUCGGCGAGGAUCUACAAGUGCUUCUACCAGCUAUUAAGAUAUGGUGCGACUGGAUGCUGUGCCAUAGCACUGUUUGGAAUCCUCCGCCGUCUUGUACGGAUUACAGAGUCGGACCGCCGGGAGAUGCGUGGAGUAGGCUGGCGACGAUGGUGAAUCUUUUAGAAAAAUUAAAUUAUACUAGAACAACCUUGAUCCAGAGCAAGGAUACUGAGGAUCGUGAAGAGAAUAAAGAUCUGGAGCUCGUGAAAUUACCAGAAGAUAUCACGUUGGCAGGAUUUACGCCGCUCAUGUUGAAUCCGCAAGAUCCUUGCUACGUGGAGAAAACGGAAGAUAUGGAAGUGGCACAGGUGUGUCUGAGGAUAAGCAAGAUUCUCUUCUUCGGUCAAGUGUUCUUGUGCGGCUUGGAGACACCGGUGCUGAAACUGCAAAAGAGCGAGACCGGCGUCAGCGAAUACGUUUCCGUGGUCGAGGCCUCGAGCACAAGUUCACCGAGUUCGCCACCGACACAGAGCGACUCGGAGCUCAUGGUGGAGAGUUACAGUGAGGGAGAGGAGGAGUCGAUUUCCACAUUGAGAAGAUUACCCUCGUGCGGCAACGUGCCCGACGAUACGACGGCUCCCGUGGCGGCCGUCGAGAUAAGGUCGCUGAUCGAGAGGAAGGAAGAGCUAGAGAGGCGGCAACGGAAACAAGAUCGACAUCGACAACGAGUACAGGCCAUUCUGCAAAAAUCCUCGGUGUCGGUGGAGAUCGAGGUGAGACCGAGACAAUUAGUGCCAGACACAAACUGCUUCAUCGACUACUUACCGCAGCUGCAGAUCAUCGCGAGGGCCACUUCCGGCGCGCAACCGAUCUACACUCUCAUGGUGCCACUUGUCGUGCUAAACGAACUCGACGGUCUGACACGGGGCGCCGAUGCGAGAGAUUGUCCUCCAGCAUCGAGGGCGACUCUAAAUCCCGAGCAUGUGGCGCGAGUUGCCGAGAGUGCCAAGGCGGCACUGGCCUUCGCGAGGAGCCGAAAUCCGGCGAUCCGGUGCGUAACCACAAGAGGCACCGUUCUCCCAUCCAGCACCUUUACAGCGGAGGAGGAUGUCGACAAGGAUGAACUGACACGCAACGAUGACAGAAUAUUAACUACGUGCCUCAACCUCUGCAGGAGCAACAAGGAUCAAGCAAACACAGCAGAGGAAGGGCAACCGCGACGUUUGAGACGGGAGGUGGUCCUGCUCACGGAAGACCGGAACCUGAGGGUGAAGGCUCUGGCCAGGGACGUACCUGUGAGAGAAGUGCCCGAUUUUAUGCAAUGGGCUGUAUUAGGCUGAGACGGCAUGACGUGAUCGCGACCAAUUCCAAUCCUCACUUGACGAGAAAUCUUCCGUGUUCCUAUCGCGCGAGCUCGACCAAAUGCAACGAGAAGUGUAAAGAAAAGUAGGAGAAAAAGAAGAAGAGGAAGGACACUCGUCAUUAUCGACGAGCAAUUCAUUGCGAUAUUCGCGAAUCUGCUUCGAGUACGAUCGACUGUCAACUAUGCGUGCACGACGUUGUCAUCGCGUAAGUUCGUUCCCAAACAGGAUAUUCAGAUUCCCAAUGAUACUCUUUUUCUUAAAAUUUUUUUAUCCCAUCAUGAAGAGAAAACCACAAAGUGCGGCGCGAAUAAGAGCAAAAUCUAUGGAGGAGAAAAAAAAAGCGCGCGGUCGCGUAAAAUUGCAUUGAAUGAAAUACGGUAUUAUAUUGAUGGGAAAAAGAAAAGGCUUGUCGUUUCGCUUGCCGGAAACGCGCGAGCCAUUCGGAGGCUCCUCUCAAGCGUGACAUUUCCUAUUCUCUAAUUGUUCCAUGUAUCUCGAACGUGCAGACGUAAAAAUCCUAAAGAGAGCCUUUUCAUACGAGGAUGACUAGUGUAACGGGUGGUCCGAAAGAAUGCAUUGAAUAUACGGUCAUGGCGAGUACAGACAGUAACAACGAAAGAUAAUCGACACUGAAUGUGGACAUUUCUAAAAAAAAAAAAAGUCUCCAGAGAAAG